CUCGGGCAGCGUGCGCGCCCCGCCCAACCUGUACCCCGUGCUCUAUAUAUAGAUAAAGCGGCAUUGCAAAGCGGGCAGAGCCGGAGGUGGUUGGGAUCGAAGUGAGAGCCGGGGAAAGGGGAACUGAUCGGACCGACGAACAAAUUGAUCGGAUCGCCAGCGAUUCUUCCUCCCCUCGGUUUGUCCAGCCAAAGAGCUCCGCAUCGCCCCUUGUCUUGUCAUCCUGCGGGCGCCGGGAGCGUUUGUUGGCUUGCUUUUGUGUGUGUGUGUGGCUCCGGCGCCGAGCGGCUCUUCUCGCCACCAUGAAAGCGGUGAGUCCCGUCCGACACCCCAGCCGGAAAGCCCUGGCUAGCGGCUGCUGUUGCGGAGGAGGAGGAGGAGGAGGCGACGGCGGCGGCGGCGGCGAUCUGGCUCUGCGUUGCCUGGCCGAGCACGGCUGCUACAAGGGGAGCCCCUCGCUGGGCGAGGAGGAGCCCGGCGCCGCUCUGUGUCUUCAGUGCGACAUGAAUGACUGUUACAGCCGCCUUCGGAAGCUGGUGCCCACCAUUCCGCCCAACAAGCGGGUCAGCAAAGUGGAGAUCCUGCAGCAUGUGAUCGACUACAUCCUGGAUCUGCAGCUGGCCUUGGAGACCCACCCGGCUUUGCUCCGGCCGUCGCCGCCGCCGCCGCCCCCGCUGCACCCGGCAAGUUACCCGGGAGGGCCUCCCCGGACCCCGCUCACAGCACUUAACACCGACCCGG